ACACACACAGACACACACAGACACACACACAGACACACACACACAGACACACACAGAGAGAGGUGGGGGUGCACGGGGAAGUCACGCAGACUGGCUGAGACCCCCCUCCACCCCGGUCAUCGCGUCCGCCCAUCGCCCCCACCGUGCCGGCAGCGAUGGUGGCGAUGGUGACGGACAGCGCACGACGAAGAUGCUGCUGUUGGUGGUGAUGGUGGCGAUGAUGAUGACGACGACGGUGAUGAUGAUGAUGGCGAUGGGAUGUUGGUGACGAUGUUGCGAUGUGUCGCCUUUCGUUUGAGAUGCAAGCCCAGGGUUAUGGACACACUCGCUGAAGAUCGAGAGGUGGACUACCGGCGAGGGGUGGACUAAAUCGGCCAUCGCUGAAGGGUGGACUAACCGAGCGGACGGAGUCAAUGGAUGUCGGGGCGCACACCGGGGGCCGGGCGCAACCGUUUGGUGUCGGUGCCAAGCUUGCUCAAGGGUGACACGGGGGUGGACUCAAAACAUUAAGUGAGUGCGUGCCAAGGGUGGACUAUAAAUCAAGUGAGUGCGUGCCAAGGGUGGAACUACCGCCGAGCCGACCUCUCGGGAGGAGCGCGGCGCCGGUGCGGCCGCGGGGUGAAAGGUUGCAGGGUGGGUCGAGCGUUUGAGCGGCGGUGGUGGACUUUCGGAGGGUGGACUGCGCAAAAACGAGGCCGUCAGAAUGUUGCGAGCGGUCAGGCGGUGCGGAUUGACGUUAAAACGGGGCGACUUUUAAGAAGAUCUUCCAUAGACAAUUGCCGAGUGGCAGUUGAGAGAAGUGGGGUAGCGAUCAGAGCGGUGGACUAUCGCUGCGGGUCCAGCGUUCGGGAAGGUGGACCACAACGCUGAGGCUGCACUCACCUCGUGAGCGGCGGGGGGGGGGGGGUGGGGGGAAACAAGGUGGACAAGCACGCGGGUGGUGUCAACGAUGGUGGACUUUCAGAUGCUAUACAAUUGAUUGAAAGGUGGACGAUGGAAAUGAUGUUCGAUUAAAUACACCGUGGGCCAGGAAAGUUGAGCAAUGAGGUGGACAAUCGCUUGAGGUGGCCUGCAAAAGGUGGACUCACUGUGGAUUGUGAAUUAUAAGAAGGUGGGCUCUGUAGGGUUGUCUACCAUCACAAGGUGAACGACCAAUGAGACUGAUGAAUUGGUGGACAUUUUGAGGUGCUAUGUAAUAAUAUGAAGGUGGACCGCUGGUGAUUUAAAUGACAAAUGGUGAACUCACUGUGAAUUGUCAACGAUCAGAAGGUGGACUCUGUAUGGUCGUCUUCCAUCAACGAGCCUGAUGAAAUGGUGGACAUUUGGCGUGGCAUAUAAUAAUAUGAAUGUGGACAGUCGGUGAUAUAAAUGACAAAAGGUGGACUCACUGUGAUUUGUCAACGAUCAGAAGGUGGACUCUGUAGGGUCGUCUGCCACCACAAGGUGAACGACCAAUGAGACUGAUGAAUUGGUGGACAUUUGGCGUGGCAUAUAAUAACAGGAAGUUGGGACCGUCGGUGAUUUCAAUGACGAAAGGUGGCCUCGCUGUGGAUCGUGAAUAAUCAGAAGGUGGACUUAAGAUGGAUUACCGCCCGGGUCAACAGCCGGGUGGACUCCCGAUCUGGACGUGAGUUUUCACGCAAGGCGGGACUCCCCCGAGGCCGACUGUGAAGAUGGCGCGUGAGGACGUGCGCGCGGCACGGGGGGCCGGGUCCCCCCGCUCGGGGGGGGGCGCCCCCCGCUCCCCUGUGGUGGUGGGGAUCUACGGGUGGAGGAAACGCUUCCUCUACCUGCUCGUGUUGCUGCUCAUGGCUACCGUGGUGCUCAACCUGGCGCUCACCGUCUGGAUCCUCAAGGUCAUGAGCUUCACCGUGGAUGGCAUGGGGCAUCUGCGCAUCACGGACAAGGGCCUGCGUCUGGAGGGCGAGUCGGAGUUCCUGCACCCGCUGUACGCCAAGGAGAUCCGAUCACGCCUGGACAGCGCCCUGCUGGUGCAGUCGGCCAGAAACGUGACGAUCAACUCACGUGACCAGCAGGGCCAGGUGACCGGGCAGAUGGUCGUGGGGCCGGACUCGGUGGAGGCUAAGACCAAGCGCUUCCAAGUGACCUCGAGCUCCGGCAAGUUUCUCUUCUCAGCCGAAGACUCGGAGGUGGUGGUGGGAGCCGAGCGACUGCGCGUACUCGGAGCUGAAGGUGCCUUAUUUGAACAUUCGAUCCAAACGCCGCAAGUCAGAGCGGAGCCGUUCAAGCAUCUCAGGCUGGAGUCCCCGACCAGGGCGUUGUGGCUGGACGCGCCGCAGGGCGUGGUGGUGCAGGCAGACGCGGGGGACGUGCGAGCUUCUUGCCGCCAGGACCUCACGCUGGAGUCACGGGACGGAGCCAUCGUGCUGGACUCGGAGACGAUCCGGGUGCCGAACCUCCCGCGGGGUGGCGGCGGUGGCCCCCCGGGGCAGGGCCAGCGGGCGCCCGAGGGGGUCCACGAGCUGUGUGCGUGUCCCGGCGGGAAGCUCUACCUGGCCGCGGCCAAGGCCGAGGGGGGCCAGGGGUGCCGGGCCGCGGGGGUCGUGUGCGACUGAGUGCGUGCACGCGCACGCACGCACGUGAAACCUCCGACUUCUGAGGCGAUCCACGCCACUCAUUUGCGGGAGUCGAUUAUUAUUAUAAUUAUUAUAUAUUCUUUGUCGCAAGAAGGAGGAAGCUGCCCGUUUGCAUAAGGAGGCGGGAAACGUGUAUCUCGAGGGCUGGGGGUGGUGUGGGUGGCGGAAACACAGGAAGAAAAACAACCCGGCGAGUUCUGAGGCUGUUACGCGACUUUCUUUCGAAAACGAAAUGGCCUGGGAAGAGACGGCGGGAUGGCGGAUUUUGCGUUGUGAAUAAAGUUAACCGAGACAGAAGAUGAAGAAGUUGAUGAAGAUGACGGUGGUGGUCGCGCAACUGUUUUUAAUCAUUAUUACUACUACGAUCAUGGAACAACCCUAAACCCCGCAAGAGAGACGUUAUCGCGGUUGAGGAAAUUUUUUAAAAAACGUGGUUUUUCCCCCCUCCGCCAAAGUAACAAAAUGGCGUCGUAGGAAAACAAAAUGGCGUCGCUGAAACAAAAAUGGCGGCGACGAAAACUAUUUUUGUGACAAAAUCAACAUCUAGGAGGCUCUUUGCUCGCGAAUGAACGGAUAUUUGUCUAAAAGUUUAACCGAGUGUGCGUUUGCGACAAAUAUGCAGUGUUCAUCCUGGCCGGAUGUCGGUAGCGUGUGUUUGUUUCUGAGGUGAUUUUUAAAUAUAUAAUAACAAUAAUCUGAGGUGAUUUGUACAUUAAUCACUGGGGGCGACGUGGCGAAUAUAAAAAAGACCAGCAGAUGAUGAUGUCUCCUUCACGUAUUAGCCUCUCCAAAUAAAGAAUCCACAAUUUCAGCAGCAUUGAUUCAGUAUAAAGCUUGAGUGAAUCAGCAUUGAUUCAAGCAGAACCUGGCUUUGCUGAUGAGAUGCUGAAAAUGCGUUAAAAAAGAGCUUCAUAGCUCAUCAGAUUCCUCCAGUAUAAAAAAAUAUUCUGAUUCAAUGCCGUUGAAAGCUAUUCACUUACCGAAAGCCGUGCGUGUGGCUAAUGGGAUGUGUUAAAAGAAAAAAACGAAAGUUAUUCUAUUUUAUGUGGAGAGGUGGAUAUAUGACGAAGAUGCAAUCGUCUGAUUAUGUAUUUUGUUACGAGGUGAUUUGGGUCAUAUUUGAAAAAUGAAAUGACAAUACAGUAUUGUUAAUGACGGAGUUCUGAACGCUUAUGGUUUUACAAGGUGAAUGGGCUAUAUCGGAAGCCCCGGUAUGCAUUUGUCUGGGUUUUUAUUUCAUAUUAACAACCGUGUGUCGAUUAAUAUUCCUUUAACGGUUUGUUUGUUUUUGAGAAUAAACACGAUAUUUCUUGGAAGUUUGCACUGUUAACCGUCGGAUUAAAACUCAUAAAUUUACCACUCUAAAAAAUUUGGCGGCUACAAAAUAAAUCACGUGGCGUUUUACAAAUCGGCAGGAGGCGUUCUUUCAGGAACACAAGUUUGUGGGACAAUUAUAUAUAUAAAAAAGGAUUUCUCGA